AUGGGGCGAGCCGUUGUGCGUCUCAAUGUAUACGAUAUGUAUUGGCUCAAUGAUUACGCGGCUAACAUAGGAUUUGGAAUCUUUCACUCAGGAAUAGAAAUUUAUGGCGUUGAAUAUGCUUAUGGUGGACAUCCAUAUAAUUUUUCCGGUAUCUUCGAGAACACUCCUCAAGAUGCUGAAGAACUAGGAGAGAAUUUCAAGUUCAAGGAAUCGAUAUAUCUUGGAGAGACGGAUUUUUCAACCAAUGAUGUGAGGGAGUUGAUCAAAGCUGUUGGGAAAGAUUAUAGAGGGGAUAGAUACCAUUUGAUGAAUAGGAAUUGUAAUCAUUUUAGCUCUGUUUUAGCUAAGACUCUCACUGGAAUUGAUAUUCCAAAUUGGGUAAAUAGACUUGCAACGAUUAGUGGCUCAAUCCCCUUCCUGGAAAAGUGUUUGCCUCAAGAAUGGCUAACUCCUGUGGCUCUUCAACAAUCUAUCAACCAUCCAUCGCCAGCAUCUUCGUUACCAAGACGUGGGUCUGUCGAAUCCGCUGAGGAAGCCACUGAACAUUUAGGAAGUCGUUUAAAUGAUUCUCGAAUCACUGUUCUCUCCGGGGUUGCUGGUGAUUUGUCAUCUUCAUCGUCAACGACAUCAUCAGACGAUGGUCAGGGCUCUCCAUCAUCAUAUUUGAAGUUCUGGCAUCAUAUUAAGAAUACGGUUGUAGAUGGAAUUCGACAAUAG